AGACAUGAUCAAACGAAAUCGGGACUUGUUUUUCUCUCCCCCCUCCCCAACCUCAGCUACUACUGAUUCUUUAACCCCAACCAGAAGGAUGGAAUGUACCUACACGCUAUAGCUGCUACUUCAUAUGUGCACAACUUUUCUAGUCUUAGAAUCAAUGAUCCAGAAAAAGUAGGGAUUCAGGAAAUUUUGGAGAAAAAAUGAGUGUUACUUUGACUGUAAUGACCUUCAAUCUCCAUGACGAUCAACCACCGGAGAGUUCAAAUUCAUGGGAGAAGAGGAGGGAUUUGUGUAUUAGUGUCAUCACUAGCUAUUCUCCCGCGAUUCUCUGUACUCAGCGUGGUGUGAAAUCUCAAUUGGAAUUUCUUCAGCAGGGAUUGCCUGGCUAUGACCAAUUUGGAAUUUCAAGAAAAGGAUCCCAUGACGAUUCAGAUGAACAUUGCACAAUCUUUUAUGACAAGGAGAAGGUAGAGCUGUUAGAAGGCGGCACAUUUUGGUUAUCAGAAUCACCUUCCGUUCCAGGAAGUAUGUCUUGGGGUUCGAUUGUUCCACAUAUUGCAACUUGGGCGACAUUCCAACUGAAAGGAGUCGAGCCUCCUGGAUUCUCAUUUCAGAUUGUAAAUACGAACAUGGACGAGGUCAAUCCCCGUGCCCGUAGGCGAAGUGCUUUGCUUACAUGGCAGCACAUUGCAUCUCUACCCCCUAGCUUGCCAGUUAUAUACUGUGGAGGUUUCAACACGGAAAAGGAAUCAACUACGGGCCGUUUUCUUCUCGGGAGAUCCAGAGAAAAAGGUGCAGUGGGGGACAUGAGAGAUACAUGGGCGAUUGCUCGGGCGAGGAAGAAUGUUUCUCUCAUUCGAACUUACCACGGUUUCAAAGGUGAUAAACAGGGAGCUUUGGAGUUCUUCAAGUUGAUUCUAAGAGCACUCUGCCUUUGCUGGGAUCGCCAGACCCAAGAUCUACAUGUAGAUUGGAUUCUUUUCAGAGGUAGAUCUUUGAUCCCUGUCCUGUGUGAAGUGGUGAAUGAUAAUAUCGACGGGUUUUAUCCGUCCUCUCACUACCCUUUGUUCUCCGAGUUCAUGCUUUCUCGCACCGUCAGAAUGCUCGAAACGACAAGUCAAGAGUAACACUAAAUCUCCAUUUGUUUCAACUCAGAAUUCUCCAUUUUUUCUCUGUUUAAGCUCCAAAUCAUCUCUAUUUAUUGAUGCUAGAAGUAAAUGUUUAUAGUUUUCACACUCUGUAUAAUAAGCUUCAAAUGACACUUGAGUUCCUUCAAAAUUAUCAUCCAAAACUGCUAGUUUGUUUCUGAGAGAGUUCAAAGUUGUAUCAAAAUUUCUUACCCUUUUUCCUACAUGAAAGCAAGUUUCAGAAGUGAUUCAUUGUUGAA